AUGGCCGACAACAAUAUCUCCUACACGGUCGUACAGCAAGACGACGACAGAGAUCAGCCCUCGGUCCAGGAUCUGAAAAGCGCUCUGGAGAAUGGAAAGGACGAGGCCAAGAUCGAGACGAUGAAGAAGAUUCUGAUGAUCAUGCUCAACGGCGACCCUCUGCAGUCGCUGUUGAUGCACGUCAUCCGAUUCAUCAUGCCCUCGCGCAACAAGGCGCUGAAGAAGCUGCUGCUGAUCUACUGGGAGAUUUGUCCCAAGCACAACCCAGAUGGCAAGCUGAAGCAGGAGAUGAUCCUGGUCUGCAACGCCCUCCGAAACGACCUCCAGCACCCCAACGAGUUCAUUCGUGGUGCCACCCUGCGCUUCUUGUGCAAGCUGCGCGAGCCCGAGCUGCUUGAGCCGACCAUUCCCUCC